AUGAGGAUCCUCACUUUCCUGGUUGGCCUGAAGACUUUAUCGGUUUUGGCGUUUUCCUCCUUGUCCAACACGAUGGCUGUGAAUAACAGCGGCAAGUGGUGGGGUAUAGUGAACAUAGCUUCCAAUGGUAACGUGCUCCCUGGAUCGGACAUAGGCCCAGUUCCUCUUGUGUUAGAUCCAAGCCUUCAACUCUUAAGCAAAAGACAGAGACGUCUAAUCCGUCAGAACCCAGGCAUCCUACAAAGCAUUACACGUGGGCUUCUCAGUGCCAUCCGAGAAUGCAAGUGGCAAUUCCGAAACCGUCGUUGGAACUGUCCUACUGGACCUGGAAAUCAGGUGUUUGGCAAAAUAAUUAACCGAGGCUGCAGGGAGACAGCCUUUGUGUUUGCUAUCACCAGCGCUGGUGUAACUCAUUCCGUGGCUCGUUCCUGUUCAGAGGGUUCGAUUGAAUCCUGCUCGUGUGAUUACCGGCGUCGAGGCCCCGGAGGACCAGAUUGGCACUGGGGAGGCUGCAGUGACAACAUUGAAUUUGGAAGGUUUAUAGGAAAAGAGUUUGUUGACUCCAGUGAAAGAGGAAGAGACCUUAAGUAUCUGGUGAACCUACAUAAUAACCAAGCAGGAAGAAUGACUGUGAUGACAGAGAUGCGCCAGGAAUGCAAGUGUCAUGGAAUGUCAGGAUCCUGCUCUCUUCGUACCUGUUGGAUGCGACUUCCUCCAUUUCGGGCAGUAGGGGAUACUUUAAAAGACAGAUUUGAUGGUGCCUCAAAAGUCACAUACAGUAACAAUGGAAGCAACCGUGGAAGUUCGCGUAGUGACCUCCCACAUCUGGAACCUGAGAACCCUUCUCAUGCAAUGCCUUCUUCUAGAGAUUUGGUGUACUUUGAGAAGUCUCCAAACUUCUGCAGCCCAAGCGAAAAGUCUGGAACCCCAGGUACAACAGGGCGAAUAUGCAACAGCACCUCUUUAGGUCUGGAUGGUUGUGAACUUCUGUGCUGUGGCCGGGGUUACAGGAGCCGAGCUGAAAAGGUCACUGAAAGGUGUCACUGCACCUUUCAUUGGUGUUGUCAUGUCACCUGUUUGAACUGUACUACCACACAGAUAGUCCAUGAAUGCUUGUGA